AUGUCCAAGGGCAACAUUGAGUUCACCACAUCCAACAACAACACUGGGAACACCACAUCCAAUGGCAGCACUGGGACCACCACGUUGAACGGCAACAUUGAGACCACCAUGUCCAAUGGCAGCACUGGGACCACCAUGUCUGAUGGCAGCACUGGGAUCACCACCUCUGACAGCAGCACUGGGACCACCACAUGCAAUAGCAGUAUCAGGACCACCACAUCCAAUGGCAACAUUGGGACCAUCACCUCUGAGAGCAACACUGGUAUUGUCAUGCCUGAUGGCAAUAUUGAGACCACCAUGUGCAAUGACAACAUUAGGACCACCACCUCUGACAGCAGCACUGGGACCACCACAUCUGAUGGGGUCCCAGCUCAGCCCCCUGAGCAUCCCUGUGCCAG